AUGAGGAUGCCCCAGAAGGACUGGGGGNCGGCAGCCUGGCCCGCCGAGGAGCCCGCCCGCGCACCCACACCUACUCCGUGCGCCCCGCAGUCGCAGCCCGUCCUCGGAGAGCCGUUGGUUUACAGGUGCAGAAAUUACACCCUUAUCUUCACAAAGCUUGGCUACCAGAGCAUUAUGAAUGUCAAUGACCUCAGACUCAGGUUGUCCAAAGCUGGGCAAGAACACCUGAUACAGUUCUGGAAUGAGCUGGAAGAAGCCCAACAGGUAGAACUUUAUGCAGAACUUCAGGCUAUGAACUUUGAGGAGCUGAACUUCUUUUUCCAAAAGGCCAUGGAAGGAUUUAACCAGUCCUCUCACCAAGAGAAAGUGGAUGCACGAAUGGAGCCUGUCCCUAGAGAGGUAUUGGGCAGUGCUACCAGGGAUCAAGAUCAGCUCCAGGCCUGGGAAAGUGAAGGACUUUUCCAGAUUUCUCAGAACAAAGUCGCAGUUCUUCUUUUAGCUGGUGGGCAGGGGACUAGACUCGGUGUUGCAUAUCCAAAGGGGAUGUAUGAUGUUGGUUUGCCAUCCCAUAAGACACUUUUUCAGAUUCAAGCGGAGCGUAUUCUGAAGCUACAACAGUUAGCUGAAAAAUAUUAUGGCAACAAAUGCAUCAUUCCAUG